AUGAUCAAUAACACCAAUGGAACAAGCUGUGAUGCAUGCCCAUUGACCUGUAAAAAUUUUGAAGUGGUUGGAAGCAAAAAUGUUCGAGGAAUGGCAUCAAAUCAUAUUUCAAACUUUGGGGGAAUGUACAAAAAUCUUCGUCCACCGGUUCUCGUAAUCGCGGGUUGUUCUGUGUUUGUAGCUCUAGUGCUCUCCAUUGUUCUCAUUCUGCAACAUCUUCGAUCAUAUACCAAUCCUGCAGAACAGAAGUGGAUUGUUGCUAUUAUUUCUAUGGUCCCAAUCUAUGCUACCGAGUCUAUUAUUUCUUUGUGGUAUCCAAGAUUAUCUCUAGCAUGCGACAUUUUAAGAAACUAUUAUGAAGCCUUUGCCCUGUAUUCUUUUGGCAGAUACCUGAUUGCUUGUCUUGGUGGUGAAGGAAGGGUUGUAGAACUACUUGAAGAUGAGUCUGGAGAACACCUUAGAAAAUCCUUAUUGGAUGGUUUAGAUGAGAAUCAUGGCACAGAACAGAGAUCGUUUGGAAACUUCUUUUGGCGUCCAUGCAAGCUUGGAAAAGAUCUUCUUACAAUAGAAAAAUUUGGUCUAGUCCAAUAUAUGAUCCUGAAGACUGUUUGUGCAUUGCUAGCAUUUAUAUUGGAACUAUUUGGUGUUUAUGGUGAUGGGGAAUUCAGGUGGUAUUACGGGUAUCCAUAUAUAGCAGUAGUAUUGAGUUUCAGCCAGAUGUGGGCAUUAUACUGCCUUGUUCAGUUCUAUAAUGUUACUCAUGAGAGACUUAAACCAAUAAAGCCACUAUCAAAGUUCAUCAGCUUCAAGGCUAUUGUGUUUGCUACUUGGUGGCAAGGUGUAGGAAUCGUAAUAUUGUGUACCUAUGGAGUGCUACCCAAGGAGGGGAAAUUCCAAACUGGACUGCAGGAUUUCUUAAUUUGCAUAGAGAUGGCCAUUGCAGCUGUUGCUCAUGUCUUCGUUUUUUCUGCAAAACCAUAUCAUUUUCUUCCUGCUUCUUCAGCAUAUGGAAAAGUUUCAAAGGAAACAAUAGAAGCAGCAUUGGAGAUAGAUGAAGGGGACAAACAAAAACCAGCUUUACUCAAAGAGACAACUACUCAAGUUGAGGCUCCUAGAACAAGCAUCACUGAGAGCGUCCAGGAUAUGGUUGUUGAAGGCGGUCAACGAGUUGUCAAGGAUGUUGUACUGACAAUAAAUCAAGCCAUAGGACCUGUGGAAAAGGGAGUGACGAGAAUUCAGCAGACCCUCCAUCACAAAACCGAAGUUUCAUCAGAUAAUGAGCAAGAAGAAUCAGAUAUACAAGUUGAGAAAGAUGUCACAGAAAAUCUAACAGGUAAAGGGAACGAAAUUGCAAGGGUGUAAUUAUUAGGAUGGAAAUCAAAUUUGAAGAGACUAUA